AUCCAUCCCAGUUUCCCAUUAAUUAGUUGUAGUGCUUGAGCGUUCGCCGAACGUAUACGUUUGUGUGUGCCUGUUCUGUCUUCCGACCGAACCCGCAACCGAUUUCAUCAUGACAUUUUUCGGACGUCUGACAGUUCUCCUCCUUUCGUGGUGUCUGUCCGUUGAAUUUAGCUCGCCGCAUGGACACGACAGCACAGACCGUGCGAGAUUUCAGUCGGGUUCUUCGAUGCCAUCGGUCGGGUUCGGCCAGAAAGAUGGGCUCAUGGGCCAAGUUCCUCUAACACCGCCUGAAGAAUUGGACGCAUCAUACUGGAUGGAUUCAGCGCGGAAAACCUUGGACAUGAACCUUCGCCUGGAACCGAACAAGAAUCGGGCGAAAAAUGUGAUUCUGUUUAUGGGCGAUGGGAUGUCAAUGCCGACCGUGGCAGCGGCAAGGAUCCUCAAGGGCCAGCUAAACAACAAACCCGGUGAAGAGACAAGACUAGUUUUCGAGGACUUUCCUAGCGUUGGCUUGGCCAAGACAUAUUGCACGGACUCGCAGGUGGCUGAUUCGGCAUGUUCCUCGACUGCCUACCAUUGCGGCGUCAAAGGGGCUUACUACACGGUCGGGCUCAACGGUCGCGCUCGGCGGGGUGAUUGUCGAGCUGCUAUCAACGAAUCCAACCACGUCACUUCAAUAAAUCAGUGGGCCCAAGACGCGGGAAAAUGGACAGGAAGCGUAACAACAACGAGAAUUACGCAUGCAUCGCCAUCGGGUGGUUACGCACACUCAGCAGACAGGGAAUGGGAAACUGAUUCGGCCAUCCCAGCGGGCUGCAGUGCCAAGGACAUCGCACACCAACUUGUGUACAACGCACCAGGAAAGGAUAUGCGGGUUUUACUAGGUGGAGGACGCAAACAUUUCCUGACCAACGCUACUGAUUUCAACGGAACGCGGACGGAUGGGCAGAACCUCAUCACGAAAUGGAAGGAAGGAAAGGCAGGACAAAAAGCUACGUAUGUUCAAGACAGAGCAGGACUGAUGGCGAUCAAUCCGGCAGAAACAGAUUACUUACUCGGCCUGUUCAGGAUGGACCACAUGAGCUACUACGUGGACGCGGACCACACGGAGGAACCAAGCCUGGAGGAGAUGACGGAGAAGGCCAUCCAGAUCCUGGAACGAAACCCGGAAGGGUUCUUCCUCUUCGUCGAGGGCGGGAAGAUCGACCUGGCGCACCACGACAACCUGGCCCACAAGGCCCUCGUCGAGACGAUCGAGUUCGAGAAGGCCGUCGUGAAGGCCCUCAAGAUGACGAGCGUGGAGGACACCCUCGUGGUCGUGACCUCGGACCACUCGCACUCCUUCACGAUGAACGGGUACCCGAAGCGCGGCAACUCCAUCUUCGGCUUCUCGGACGAGCUCUCCGACCUGGACUGGAAGCCCUACUCCACGCUCAGCUACGCCAACGGACCCGCCAAGACCAAGUACGAGGACCCCGUCGCUCACACCCGCUACAAUCUCACCAACGACGAUACCGCAAAUCCACAAUACGAAUUCUCGGCGAUGGUUCCGAUGGUCUGGGAAACACACGGUGGUGAUGAUAUAGGCGUCUACGCUGUUGGGCCCUGGGCUCAUCUGCUUGACAGGCAGUUUGAACAAAACUACAUUGCAAUAGUUAUGGCUCAUGCUGCCAGCAUACUGCCAUCCGAUACGUCAUCAUCUACUUCGUCCUUACAAUUGUCGUUAUUUUCUGUAGUUUUUGGCUCAAUAUUCGUGUUUUUAUCUGUGAUGAUAAGUUAAGUUAAUAGGAUAGAUACUUUAAGUUAAGGCAAAAUUAAACUAAAAUAUAUAACAACCGUGGUUUUCUGCUCAGUGGCGAGGCUUUAAUAAUCGAUUAUCGAUAUUUCGCAAUUUGUAGCUGUGGUAAAGAAUCGAUUAUUAAGGUGUCCGUUGUAAACACCCCGUUUAUCGAUCCUUUUCUAUAGGUUUAAAUGGCAGAUCAAUCGAUACAUGGCAUAAUAUACGCCACGCCACUGUUUUUGCUCCUUGUUGGCUCAUACUUAACACACACCUAGCUUCCAAAUCGAACUAUUUCAAUAUUGAAAAUUUAACUUCAAAUUGAGAUUCGUAAAGGAAUCUAAUUAUUUGAACCUAAAUAAAAGAUUAAUCGAAA